UGUAAAGAGCCUUAUCUGUAGUAUCAGAGCUGAUCAUACAGCUGAGCUUAGCAGGAAACGUCUAAGCAGAGCACAACAGCUGAGCUGAGCUGUGCGAGGACCGGCUCGCUCGCUGUCUUCCCAGCGGUUUCCUAGAAACCUUGCACUACCUUGGUCCGUGCCUCGGGACAGAUGAGCGGGCGGAGCUCUCGUGGCUGUGUGCGAGAAGGGGGGCGGUGUCGUUGUUAAUCGAGCCCAGCUGUUGCUUUUACCCCCCAACACUCUCAAAGGUACAGCCUUGUGGCAUGUAACGGGGUAGUGUAACACGCUGCCUGCUGCCACGGGGUAUAUUAAAACGAUAAGCUUGUUUCACUUUAAAUUACCAGGGUCUACUGAGGACUCCCAUUUCAUGCAAAACUGAGCAAAGGGUACCCUUAAAUGCCCCGGUCAGUGUACCGUGUUUAUUUUUGAGGGAGCUUCGGGGCAGGUCAGCUUUAAUUGCUAAUGGGCAUGAAGAUCAUGGACAUAAUUUUCUAUUAAAAUGGAAAUCGAGGAGACGGGUAGUGUGGUCCUGACAGGAUAUCACUCCUACACCCCAGCAGGGACCUCGGUAAUACAACAAGCGGUCUCUCCUAGCCAUCCACCUAUAAACAGGAAAAGUCCAUGCAGAAGACUUAACAGAAUGCUUUCUCAGGACCCAAAUAGUCCACCAGUAUUUACCCGCUCAGCAUCCCAGAUGUCUGUGGAUAGCACAUCUAUGGAAGAUUUCUGGAAUGAAGUACAAAGUAUUAAAGAGAGCAGGGUAAAUGGAUUUGAAGAUCAAAGCAUUGUUGAGUUUAAACCUGCAGAAGAUGGCGAGUUGGAAGCAGAAUGGCUGCAAGAGGUGGGCUUGUCUGCAUUGGUUUCAGGUACUGAGGAAGCUGUCAGUAACGCUGUCCUCACCACAUUGACAAGAACCCAAGCAGCUGCCGUGGAAAAACGAUACAAUACCUUCGCACAGACCUUGAAAAAAAAGAACAAGCAGUCAGUGAGAGAUGUGAGAGAUGUCUUUGGUGUUAGAGAUUCAUCUAGACCUUUUAAUAAAGUGCCAAUUUCCUCUUUAAAUGAAACCAUGAUGGUUGGCAGCCCCGUAUGGAAAACAGCCGGAUUGGAAAACUGUGUGGAUGAGUGUACUAAACAUGAAGGCAAAGCAUCCUUGGAAGAGCUGAGGUUUGACAUCCCAUUUUCAGAGUUACUUACAGAUCGUCUAAAAGAACAAGAGAGGCGAAGUAGUCAGAGACAUCGGAGACAUGAUGCUGCAUUGCCUAAUUUUACAAUUCAUAAAAACAGGCUGGGAGUGACGCGGAUUCAAGAUCUGUCUCCACAGGACAGAAAGAGUAUCAAAUGUCUGUGUUUAAUUGAAGUAGCAGCUGUCUUCGAUACACUGGCAAUAGACAUAAAACGAAACAGGACAAUAAAAGUUAAAGUGCGAGAGUCUGGUCUGUUUGGUGUUCCCCUGUCACUACUGUUAGAAAAUGAUCAGAGAAGGCAACCAGAAGUAAAGGUCCCACUCGUUUUUCAAAAGCUUUUAUCCAAAAUUGAAGAAACAGGUUUAGAAACAGAAGGAAUUCUUCGAGUUCCUGGAUCCGCUUCAAGAGUUAAGACCCUACGGCAGGAACUGGAGACAAACUUUUAUGACGGCACAUUUGAUUGGGAGCAAGUGCGACAUAAUGAUGCAGCAGGCCUGCUGAAGAUGUUCGUCAGGGAGAUGCCUUAUCCUCUGUUUACAGCAGAAUAUCUUCCGUUAUUUAUCACAGCUGCAGAAAGUAUAUUCCAGCUCAAGCUGCAGUUGCAGGUUCUGCACCUUCUUAUCUUGCUGCUACCGGACCCCAACAGAGACACUCUUAAGGUACUGCUGGAAUUCCUUCGUAAAGUCGUUGCCAAUGAAGAGAAGAACAAAAUGAGUUUGUGGAAUGUCGCCAUGAUUGUAGCACCAAACCUCUUUAUGUGUAAAGGCAAAAGCGUAAACCAACAGGAGAUGAAGGUCACUGCUGGAGCUGCCCAUAUUGUGCGGCUGCUCAUCAAAUACCAGGACAUCCUGUGGACAAUCCCAUCAUUUCUAAUUGCCCAAGUGAGAAAAGUGAAUGAAGCUGCAAGGAAGUCCAGAACCCUUGACAAGAGUAUGAAAAAGAUUCUACAAAAGAUGACUGCGGACAAGGGGAAACCUGAAAGGACACAGUCUGACAUCCCACAGGGUGUGGUAAGAGUCUAUGCCCCACAACAUUCCAAGAUUUCCAUGGCGAUACAGCUGAACAUUCAUACAAAGGCCGGCGACAUCCUUGCAAGAUUUGACUGUGAAAACAGGCAGGAGUCACCUGUUGACUUGAGAAGGCAUAAAAAUUCUCUGUAUGAAGUUGGUGGCAAUAUAGGAGAACGGUGUCUGGAUCCAGAUACGUACAUUUUAGAUGUAUACCAGAUUAACCCACAAGCUGAGUGGGUAAUAAAGCCUACAGCAACAUGAAGCAUGUGAAAUGGCAGCUACAUGUGUUAUCAAGAAUUCAAGAAAUGCUACACAGCCUCCAGACAGAUCCAUCCACUGAUCUAUUUGUGUCCUGUGGCUCUAAAAUCUUCCAAGAAAUGCCUCUUAAAGGAAUGCAUAUGAAAACUUACACUUCUGGGAUGAUACAGCAUGGAGAUUGCCUGUAUCUUCUAAACUUAACAGGACUGAUGAAUUACUUGUAGUUUUUCAAGCCAAAGAUUACAUCAGUGCACUUUGCUGGACAUUUACAUUUGAAAGUACUGAAGCACCAAGAUGCUAGGAACAGAAAUGAGCAUCUUAAGCUGAAUGUCCCAGUAUUUACUGCAUUUGCAUGGUGGGUCUUGUAUACGUAAGAUGCAUCUGUCAGCGAUUUGAUUUUCUUUGCAAAGUUCAAGAAGAUAUUACUGAACUAAAAGGUAACCUAGUGAAACCUUCAAAGAAAAAAAAGCUACAAAUGAAAGAGCAGUUCUAUGUAAAAUAUAAUCUUCGGACAGAAUGUGCCAAAUUGGGAGAACUAAUCUGUUACCUGUACUUGUGUGACAUAGAUAGAUAGAUAGAUAGAUAGAUAGAUAGAUAGAUAGAUAGAUAGAUAGAUAAAUAGAUAAAUGGUUUUGCAUUUACAGACUUGGCAUAGAACUGCUGUAACAACUCAACAUUCAUAUAACUAAUGUACAGAACUGUAAAUACCUUAUAUAAUACUUAUAUUUAUAACACUAAAUAUAUCACCGUUAUUUUCAGGUGUUGAGAUAUAAACAAGCUUGUAUAUGUUACACAAUGCAUGUUUCAUUGUUUUACAUUUGUAAUAUUUCUGUUUUCUUUAUUUUAAUGUUAUUUUAACUUGUUCCUUAUGGUACCACUGCCUCUGUAUACUGGCAUGGCUGUUUAGUAAAAGCCUCUUGUUCGCCCACCUUA